AUGUAAGAGAAAUACGGUUUGUGGUAUUUUGCAUAAUCGGGUAUUGUAGUGUUGAGAGAUGAACUCCAACCCAGGUAACAAUACAAUUCAGAGGAGAUAUUUUCAGCUCAGUGAGCAGGUUCUAUUAACCGUCAAUCCAACCUGCGUCAUUGCGGCAGAAUACUACUAAGCUCAUAAUGGCGUCCAAAAGUCUUUUUAAAAAGAAGAAUAAGAAUGAUAUUAAAGAUAACAGAUCAAAAUUGUUGCCUGUAACAUCAGCUGAUAAGUGUCCAGUAUUUGAUGUCCAAUAUCUGGGAAAGAUGCCCGCAAGAGGUGAGUUUGGACGGGAGUUUAUAGCCGAACCUGUUGAGUCUCUAUUAAAACUCAAAGAUCGCAGUAGAUUAUCGAAUAGCAAAUUGACAAUUUCAGAACGAGGGUUUCACUUUCUUGACCAUAAUGGACCUUUCGGAAAAGAAAAGCACGUUGUAAUACCUAUACACCACAUUUGCUACGGAGUUGUUGACGAUCAAAAUCCAAAGGUGUUUGCUAUCAUUGCAAAAACUGAUUCGACAGCUGACGGGUCCUUGUAUGAAUGUCAUGCCUAUUUAUGUGGUCGUAGAAGGGUGGCGAGCGAAAUUACUAAAUGGCUUUUACGAACAUUUCUUCAAGUAUUCGAUAAAUUACAGCAAAGACGACGAGUUCGUUUAGAGAGAAAGGCUAAAAAAGAACAGAAACAGUUGGCCAAAGCAAUUGGUCUUCCAGAAGGAAGGCCCAGCUUUGCUCCGAGUGAAGCGUCCAGUCCACAAUCACCAACAACCUCGACGGCAUCGUCAAUAUUUUCUUUUGAGGAGACAACGUUUUCAGUAUUCUUAGAAGGAAAGAAAAACCAUGGAGCCGCAAUUCGAAUUGCUCGACAAAGACCAUCAUCAGAUAUGACACAGGGAAAUUCCAUUGGUCGCGUACAUACAUUACCGUUAAACAGAGCUUCUACUUGGAAUGGACCCAGACCUCAUUCAUCUGUACCCACCACCCUCAACCCCCAGGACCUGCAAUUAGGAGGAGGGUACCAUUCGUCUCCUAGUUAUUAUACUACAGCUCAUUCUCGUCCCGUGGCAUAUGGGAUUGAAAGGACACGUCAAAACUACAACCCAACAUCUUCUCAACAAUUACAUUCCAGACUAAAAGUUCCAGCGCACAACCAAAGACAAUAUCUUAAAAAACAACAAAAACGGAACAGACAUGCAUAUACCACUUCAACGGGUAGUAGUUCAGAUAGCCGUCGUAGUGACUCUAUCACAAACCCUGUGCAUGAUGAAUCUGAAUUUGUAUUCAUCGAUAUGCUUCAGGAACACGUUUCUUCUAUGGACCUCCAAUCUAUUAGUGAAAAUGAAUCGGUAACUACAUAUGGAGGAAGUGGUACCCCAGUGAAUCCUCUAAAACAAGAAGUAAGGAUGGAAGAUGUUGAGAGGCGAAUACGCGACUGGUUGCUAGGAGACAAUGAUGACAGCCCUGAGGAGGCUAGUCCCUAUUCAGGUUCUGUGUAUCCGUCGGGUACUUAUUCGAAUAGAGACUACCGCUAUUUUUAAAAUGUCCCAAAAUAUUUCAUUCAAACAUAGAUGUAUUCUUAGUGGUGACAGUAAUACCUCCAAUAUACAAGGAUUUUCCCACUACACUGUAAGGAAAAUAUUAUAGAGCAUGCAGCCAUACUGUCAGUGAUUGUUUGCUCCUGACGUUACAGCGACAUUAACUUAAAAUACAUACCGAGUAUAUAUUUUAUACAUUUAAAAAAAAAAUUUCAAAUAGACAUGAAACAUAAUAAUAAUAUAAAUAUAUAGUAUAAUUAUAUCAGGUGAAAUGUCUAUACCAGUACUUAAUAAUAGUAAGAUGGCCUUAUACUGUUGCAAUGAUUUUAGAUCUAUUUUUAUAUAAUAGUUAUUAGAUAAUAUGCAUUUAUAAAAGUACUUAUUGAUUUGUGGGAGCUGUUUUGUUCAUUAAUUUAAUUAAUCUAAUGCAGAAUCAUAUGACACACGUCAUUGAGUUGGAGACCAUGUAGGUGGCUCUGCGUGUGUCGCAGGGGGUUUGUUUCUAGUGUAAAGGGCAGAAUAAUGUAAAUGAUUUGAAUUUGGAUAUAGUGUUGAAUAGAGUACUUCUCAGGAAGUGGAGAAAUGUUGAUUCUGUUUUGACGGAUAAACGUAAUUUUCUCAACAUUUGCUUAGUCGGGCCAAAUAAAAGUUUGAUACAAAUAA